AUGAAUAACUUAAGCGAAUGCAAUAUCUGUUUCGAAACGGAGAAUAGAGAUUUUCGUAAAAUAACUUCAAAGUGUACUCAUCAAGCCAUUGUUUGUAAGGAAUGUGUAAAUAAACAUGUUCAAAAACAACUUGAUGAAAAGCAAGAACUGUUAAUUCCUUGUCCAACAAAAGGAUGCAAAAAAAUAAUGGAAAGGUACGAUAUUAAAAGUAUUGCAACGGAAGAACUUUUUGAAAGGUAUGAUUCGCUUGCCUUCAGAAUUGCAAUUCAAAAAAUUCCGGAGUUCAGAUGGUGUAAAGCUCCUUGCGGUGCCGGACAAAUCCAUAUAGGAAAAGACAAUGCACCAAUUGUCAUCUGUGAAAAUUGUGGCAAAGAAUCAUGUUACAUACACCAAGUUAUCUGGCACAUGGGUAAAACUUGCAGGGAAUACGAUGAGGACAUGAAACAAUCAGAGUUUGCUACCGAAGACUAUUUGUUGCGAAAUACAAAGAGAUGCCCUAAUUGUUUCAGACUUAUCGAGAAAGGUGAAGGAUCAAACUCCCGACAAUUUACUCGCCCCACAAUAUGGAGUUUGACAAGUUCAACAACCUACAUGUCUGAUUUAAACUCGUUGGUGAAAGACAGCGUUUGA